CGUUGACAGACAUCCUGCACCAAUCGAUCGAGUCGUCACGGCAUGCAGAGCUGCAGCUGCGACCCAUUCACACCAUCGACACAUCGAGCCCACGUCGAUGUCUGGCGUCCGUGAAGCAGCAGCGCCAACAAAUGAGGACGAACAUGAUGGUCUGCUAGCAUCGCCGACGCCACCGCAGUCGCAUACCCUCUUGGAUCACCACAAGACGGACCCGGUGAGCGCAGCAAAUUUGAAGGAUGGAGAGGCUCGUGUAGAGGGAGACGAUGCCGUGAUGAGCACGACCGAGAGCGAGAUGCAAGCUGCCAAGCAAGUGGAGGCGGAAGUGAGGAACGAAUUGCCUGAAGCAUUGGAAACAUCAGACGGCGAGGAUGUGCACGCAAGAGCCGAGAUUGAGAGGCAAGCGAGCGAGCAUCUUGCGCGGAGAGCGUCGGAGAUGUCUCUGGGCGAAGACGAUAGCGAUGGCAAUGUCGACACUCGUGCCAAGGACAAACACCACUUGCCCCAAACGCCUCCGCCGCCGAUGCCUCCCCGUAAGGACAGUCUGGCCAAGAAACAGGUAGCCAAGGAGGUGGAGUACGAUGAGAAGCACCCACCUUCCUCUGAAGAUGCCCAGGUCGAAGUGCCUGAAGCACCGACGGGAACGACCGAAGCGACAGGAACCGAGAUUUUGAACAUCAUGGACCAGUUUGAGAGCGGCAUGGGGGGCAUGGAAGCGCAGGCCAUCAUGUCCCCACGAUUAGAGCGCCAGCAGCCGAUGCUCGUCUUACCACCCCGGUCGUCGAGUCUGGAGCAGCAGCAGUCAUACGUACUCAGUCCUAAGUCCACAGCACCCAGUGUUGCAGCUCCCACGCCGAUACGGCCACAGGGCACAGGCACCUCCAUCGCUUCCAGUCUCCAGGGAGGCACUGCAGAUGACUCGUCAUCCAUUACCAGCGCGAGAGCUGGCACACUGUUUCAACCUCCACCGCCCUCCCCCGAACCAGAGGCUGCCCUGCCGUUUGACUUUCAUCGCUUUUUAGAGCAGUUACGGAACAAGUCUGCAGAUCCAGUCGCCCGUUACCUGCGAUCAUUUCUGGGUGAGUUCGGGAAGCGGCAGUGGAUGGUACACGAGCAGGUCAAGAUCAUCUCGGACUUUCUCGAGUUCAUCUCGCGGAAAAUGGCACAGUGCGAAGUGUGGCGCACCGUGUCAGACGCCGAGUUUGACAAUGCUCGCGAAGGAAUGGAGAAACUCGUCAUGAAUCGACUCUACUCCUUUACCUUCUCGCCCGCCAUCCCCGCUCCUCCAUCCAGUCCACGGAAGAGUGCAAGAAGCACGCGAGCACAGGCGGAUCACGCGAAUGUGCAUGGGCCCGGAAGGCGUGGUCAGCAUCAGGAAGACGUGGAGCGUGACGAGGUGAUUGCGCAAAAGAUUAAAAUAUACGGGUGGAUUCGGGAGGAGCAUCUGGACGUAAAGUCCCUAGGGCCGAAGGGUGACAAAUUUCUGACACUUGCACAGAAGGAGCUGCUCAAGAUCAACUCGUACCGCGCGCCGCGAGACAAGGUUAUAUGUGUAUUGAACUGCUGCAAAGUCAUCUUUGGGUUCUUGAAGAACGCCAAGCAGGAUCAGUCGGCGGAUGCGUUUGUGCCGCUGCUGAUAUAUACGGUUCUGCGAGCGCGUCCCGAGAAUCUAGUCAGUAAUGUGCAAUACAUCUGGCGGUUUCGCAACCAGGACAAGCUCGGAGGCGAAGCAGGUUACUACAUGUCUUCUCUGAUGGGGGUGGUGACGUUUAUUGAAAAUCUGGAUCGCACCAACUUGACGAUUCAGGAUGAGGAAUUUGAACAGAAUGUCGAGCAAGCCGUGAGCGCGAUCGCGGAGAAGAAUCGGCAGGAAGAGCACGAUGCCAAGACGAGCGCAUCGCGGACGGCAGGACUCAUGAUCAGCCAUGUUAGCGAGAAGAGUGGGCUGAGCCAGCCGGAAGUGACACCACGAAACAGCAUGGAAGUCGAGACAUCGAGUCCUCGGAGGAAGGCCAGUCAGCGUUUGUCGGAGAAGACGAGCGGCAGCAGCAAUAAUCCUGCGCCAAAUGCGGACGAACCGGAUGCCAUGACGGGACUGUUGCGCAGUAUUCAAAAGCCCCUCAGCAGUAUCGGUCGCAUCUUUUCUGACGAUGGCGGCGGUGGCGGUGGCAGCAGCAGCGACGACAGGUCUGCGAGCACGCCUCAGCCGGGAUCGACACCGAGAGGGUUGAGCCCCGCGGGUCGAGUGGAGCGCAGCAGCCGGAAUCAUGGAGGGACGCGAUCGUCGACGGAACGACGGCGCAGUCAGCAACGGCAGAGUGCGGAGGACAUGGCGGCACGACAAGCGAGUGCAGAUGUCGCUCAAGCGCAGGCAGUGCGAGUGCGGGAGCACAAGGUGGUGGUGGAAACACUCCAGAGCAUGUUUCCCAAUCUCGAUCACGAGGUAAUUGAGGACGUGGUCCGGGCACAGGAGGGAAAUGUCGGUCGUGCCGUGGACGCAUGUCUCGCUUUAAGCAGUACUACCUAGUACUUAGGGGGUGGUGAUGACGAAGAUGAUGAAGAAUGAUGAAGAAGAAGAAGCAGUACGAAAGGCAAUGAUGUCUCAUACAGUACAUGUCCAUGUCCAUUUUUCCCCAUCUUGUCGUUCCUCUUGUGUUGUUGUCAUGAUGACUACCUGACCUGACCUAUUUUACCUAGUACAUGAUGAUUCUUUCCGAGGUAAAUCUCACAUAGAUGACAUAUCUCUCUUCUCAAGUGUGAAGUAUAUAUGAGUGCAGACAAGAGGUGAGGGCGGUAAGUUUCUUUCCUUUUAUCCAUUCUGUUUUUUUUCUUUUUUUGUUUCUCACCGCUUUUGUGAUCUCAGCAGCAGCAUCAAACAUCAAACACCAAACACCAAACAAUAUCCAAUCAUCUUGAAGUCCAAUCAAGAGAGAUC